AUGGGUAUCUUCUCUGCCCAAUUUGCUUAUGCAGUAGCAUUGAUAGUAGCAGCUUCGUUGUGUCUGAUUGAAGCCAAUCAAACUGCAAUCGGAAUUGAAAUUGGAAGCAGAGGGCAGAGAGAGUUCGAUUACUUCAACUUGGCCCUGCAAUGGCCUGGCACUUUCUGCCAACGCACCCGCUAUUGUUGUUCAUCCAAUGCUUGCUGCCGAGGCGCAAAUUCUCCAACCGUGUUUACAAUCCAUGGAUUGUGGCCUGACUACAAUGAUGGAACCUGGCCUGCCUGUUGCACACAGAAAAGCUUUGAUGAAAAAGAGAUCUCAACAUUGCAUGAUGCAUUAGAGAAAUAUUGGCCGUCUUUAAGUUGUGGUAGACCAUCAUCCUGCCAUGAGAAGCAUGGGACUUGCUCCUCUCCAGUAGCUCGAGAUGAAUACAGCUACUUUUUGACAACCCUCAAUGUCUAUUUUAAGUACAAUGUCACUAAAGUCCUGAAUGAAGCAGGAUAUGUACCUUCAAAUACUGAAAAAUAUCCUCUUGGAGGCAUUGUUUCUGCUAUUCAGAAUGCUUUCCGGACAACCCCAAAGUUGCUUUGCAAAAAAGGUGCUCUGGAGGAACUUCAUCUAUGCUUCUACAAGGAUUUCAAGCCUCGGGAUUGUGCGAUUGGAUCUACCAGUCCAAAUGGCAGGCUAUAUUCAAGUAGUUCAUGUCCUGAUUACGUCAGCAUACCAGCAUAUGCAUCAAUGGGUAAUCUGGAUCCAGGGACCACCCAUAAGGCGGUUCAGUUAUUUGCUCCAUUAGGAAUUGAACCCAAGGCCACUCUGUCAGAGUAG